GUUAAUUUACUUGGUCGCCAGUAACCAAAAACUUUCCCGGAAAAUUUUUGAGUACUGUGAAAGGAGAAAAUAGAAAUGGCGAGUGGGUUUCCACCGCAGAAGCAAGAGACACAACCAGGGAUACAACAUGUCAUGGAACCAACUCCCGAGUUCUCUAGCUCUAACUACAAACCUUCCAACAAACUUCAUGGAAAAGUGGCGCUCGUGACAGGAGGAGACUCAGGAAUAGGUAAAGCAGUGUGUCACUGCUACGCACUUGAAGGAGCGAGCGUGGCUUUCACGUACGUGAAAGGUCGGGAGGACAAAGAUGCAGACGAAACGCUGCGUUUGCUUCAUGAGGUUAAAACAAGGGAAGCUAAAGAGCCGAUCAUGAUCGCUACUGAUUUAGGGUUUGAAGAGAAUUGCAAGAGGGUCAUUGAGGAAGUGGUGAAUUCCUUUGGACGCAUCGAUGUGCUUGUGAAUUGUGCAGCUGAGCAGCAUGAGGUUUCCAUUGAGGAUAUCGAUGAGGCUAGGCUUGAGAGAGUGUUUCGUACCAACAUCUUCUCGCAGUUUUUCUUGGUCAAGUACGCGUUGAAGCACAUGAAGGAAGGGAGUAGUAUCAUCAAUACGACGUCGGUUGUUGCAUACGCAGGACACUCAAGCUUACUAGAGUACACAGCUACAAAAGGAGCCAUUGUUUCCUUCACUCGUGGCUUAGCUCUGCAGCUUGCACCAAAGGGUAUACGUGUGAACGGAGUAGCUCCUGGUCCGGUCUGGACUCCACUGGUAACUGCAUCGUUCUCUGACGAAGCGAUCAAGCAGUUUGGGUCAGAGACACCGAUGAAAAGAGCGGCUCAGCCAGUGGAAGUGGCUCCUUCUUACGUCUUCUUGGCUUGUAACCAUUGCUCUUCUUACUAUACCGGCCAAAUCCUUCAUCCAAACGAAUUAGAUUUAAACCCGGUUUAGCUAUUUCGGUGCGGUUUUCUUUGGUUUUUGAUCUGUCAGUUAGACCGGAUUAGGCUUUCCUAAGUGAGACACAGGCUAGUUUGCCACUGAACCGGAAAUGUUAAUCACGACUGCCAUUUUGGAGUCUGAAUGCCACCUCACAAUAGGAUAAUACUCCUUUACCCUUAAUGAAUAUCAAUAUCCUUU